CCUCACCGAGCUGAGGCCUGCCCGAAGCCCUCGAUCCUGCCACCGCCUUCUCCCAGCACCGCAUGCCAUCGUGCCGCGAGCGGGCAUGGGCUGCCGGGCGGAGCGCGGGUUAGCAGCCCCCCGCCCCGGCGGCGGAGGCGGCGCUGGGGGGGAAGCUGCAAGGCCCAGGACGUGACCGCUGGGCAGAGCCGCACCUCCUGGAUCGCGCAAGGCGUGAGGCUACGAGAACCGCGGGAGGAGAUGUCGUGCCGCGAGGGCUGCCUCGCCGCCCUUUCGCGGGGCGGCCCCAGCCGCGCGGCACUGCGGCCCCGGCCGCUCCGCGGGGCCUCGUCCGAGGAGUCCAAGCCCGGGCGAACCCCGGCCGCCGACGAGCCGGCGGCGGAGUUACGCAGGCUCGUGCAGGAAGGGUUAGUGAACCAGAUGGCGGAGAUGCGCAGCGCGCUGUCCGCUGAGGUGCAAGGCAUGGUCGCGCGGCUCGACUCGCUGGCCGACGGCAGCCGCGCUCCGUCGCCCCAGGCGCCG